AUGUCGGACCUUAUCACAGGCAAACACCUCGAACCAGAGAAUUUGGAUGGCCAGAAUAUCACAGGAGAAUUAGAGCGCUUCGGUCAAUGGGCUAAGGCGGUGAAAUUUCAACCUCUGAGCCCUGGAAUAGAGAAGUGCGAGGUUCAGGACAGGGACCAAAAAGUUAGGCUGGUAUUGAAGGAGCUAGGAUAUGAAAAUAAGCUCGAAAUCAAGUAUCAAAUUUUGUUCGCAAGAAUACACAGACUAUGGCAUUGCGAAUUAUCUCUGAGGGCGAGCGCUGCUCUAAUUAAACAUCCGCUUCAUCAAGUACGAGAAGAGCUUUCCAUCUUGAUGCGCAUUGGAAGAUACCUGGAAGGCGCGCCUCAAUUCUUCCUGCACUCAUGCCCAACUCGCCCGUGGAGACCUGUAUUAUUAGGUAUCUCAAGUAUCCUAAUCGAUGACGAUCAUAACAGCGAAUGGGAGGAUGCUGGGGUUGAAGACGAUUUGGAGUUGGAGCUUAUGUUACGGCGUGACGAUAUUUUAAAUGACAAGGCUGUUCUACUAGAUGAGCUUUCUGAUGAAGACAUCACUAGCAUCUAUGCUCUCUUAACUCAAGCGCACAUUGAUGCCCAUAAAGAGUCCAAUUUCCGCAAGUGGCAACAUUUCUAG